UUUCACGUUGCUCACAUGGAUCGGCUCGAGGUGAUCACGCCACGCCCCAGCGGAGCAGACACCAGCCGAACUCUCAUGCGGGAGGAACAAACAGAUUGUGUAACAGCUGCAAGACCCGCGGUCCCCUACAGCAACCCGUUGCUCGCUGCGGUCCCUUCCGUGCCAACCUUGAAAGCUCCACGAUGCCGGGGCGGCGGCACUCACCGCGGCCUCUAAGCGAGUCACUGCCCGAGAAGUAGUCGAUGGUAUUCGGAUGAAGUUUGUGAACCAAAGCGGUUCCAUUUUUGUUUUGCCCUACUCGUUGCAACAUUAUGGGAGGAAUGGAAGUCUCUUUGGCUGUUAAAAUGGGAUUGUUUUUGCACAACGUUGCCUCUGUCACCCCCACAGCUUCCACAACCGACAGGAGCCUACUUCUCUGUGAAGGUGUCAACAACCAGAGCUACAUGUGUGAGUCGGGUCACUGCUGUGGAGAAUCUCAGUGUUGCAGUUACUACUAUGAGCUUUGGUGGUUUUGGUUGGUCUGGGUUAUCAUCUUCAUGUUGAGCUGCUGCUGCGUGUGUCACCAUCGCCGCACCAAACACCGACUGCAGCAACAGCAGCGACAGCACGAGAUCAACCUUAUUGCUUAUCGUGAAGCACACAACUUUCCCUCAGUGCCCUUCUACUUCAGGUUUCUACCAAGCUAUCUGCUGCCAGAUUACGAAGAAGUAGUGAACCGUCCACCUACUCCUCCACCACCCUACAGUGCCUUACACACAGCAGCAUCCUCGGCAGUCUCGCAGCCUCACCUCGAGCAGCAGGAUGGACGCUGUCCAGACAUUCAACCGGCCACAGCAACCCCCAACUCGGACGGCCCGUGCAACAGGCCCAGUGUAGAGGAGCCACAACCGACUGCUUUCGAUUUAAUGCCGAAUGUUGACAACAAGCCUGCACAAACAACGCAGGAUUCAGGCAUGUUACUUUUGUCAGAGGGGAUUAGUAGGGAGAGACUCGACCUUGAGGAUAAGACGAGCGACUGCAAGGAUGCUCUUUUGAAGGACCCGUCAGAUGACAAGGAGCGACUCCCUAAUGGUAGAAGGCGACGGUUUACAGGUGACUCUGGGAUUGAAGUGUGUGUGUGUGGCUCACGUGGGAACAAUGGUUGUAGUGGAACAGGUGGCUUGGAAGGUAAAGAGUUGCGGGAGCUGGAGAGCCUGCUGGGCCGUGAGGGAUAUGAGGAGGAGGAGGAGGCUGGAGACUUUUGUGAUAGUUGUGUUCACCGGUCUUCGUUCAGUGUGGAGGAAGAUCCGGCGCUCGGCGGGUCGGAAAGGCGAGCGGCACCAGGAUCCUCCCAGCCGGCGCACCAAACGGGCAGCGCGUCACUGCACCCUCCAGUCUGCCUCCUCCUCCAAACCAUCAAUGAGCAGGAGGGUCCACACCACAGUACUAACACUGAACCACAAGGUUGAAACACACACCAUAGCUGGAUCGCGAAAGCUUUUUUUGGGACACAAAUAAAGGGCUUCAAACCUCAAGAUUUUUAAAAUGCAAA